UCGUUCGUUGGGCACUGCCCAACGAAAAUCUCAUUCCCGCGCGACCUUGCGAACAAACACGCGUUGCGCAGUUAAUAAACUUGCGUUAGGUGCGCGGUCGUGGCUUUACGACGAGGUGUUCGGUGUGCCGGUGCUGCCGAAACACGUGGCGCCUCGAUGAUAAUCCGUCUGCGUGCACGUGCCGCCGUGUCUACCAGCACUCGUAACUGUUUUUUCCUUUGCCCUUUCCGUUAAGUCCAAGGUGGCUUGUUGUUUUAUUGCCAGGAGGAGACGUGAGAAAAAUUGUACAUCUAUUUGGCGUUAAAAAAACAUUCCCCUAAUAUCAUUUUAUUGCUCGCGUUGCUUAUUAGUUCGUGAAAAGGUAUUGGCAAUUCUAGAGCCUCGAAUUCGUUUAUCUUUACGAGCAGUGUCGAAGUCAGUCAAUUUGUUUUGUGGUCUUCGUAAAAUAUACACUGGAGCGUCGAAAGCUCUCCACUCUCAAAACUACAUAAAGCUCAGUAUUGCACGAGUCCCUGAGUGCUGCACGGCAAGCCGGUGUUCAUGCGAGCAGCUGAAAUCAAAAGCGACACCGCGCUAGGGUGUGUGCCAGCAAUUUGCUCCGAGCGGCCGCGAUGCGCCUGCACGAAUAGCCGCCCGCCUUGAGUAUACGUUCUCAUCGGGCCGUGUACGGCUUGCCGCCGUCAAUUUCCCACAGCUGGAAGACCAUUGCUUUCGAUCAUUCGAGCGGCCAGCAGCAGGCCAGCCGUCCCGCGCGAUCGUUGUGAUCGACACGAAGUGCAUGCCUCGCCAUACGUGAUACUGACGACGAGCAACUUGACGAUGGAGAUUCCGCGGUUCCCGGCAGCGCCGCCGCUGGCGGCGACGUCGACGCUCGGCGCGGGCAGCCGCUCGGUGUCGCUGGACUUGGCAUCGAGGCAACAACGGCGCAGGACCGAGUUCGCUCGGCGCCGGCCGCGCUCGGCGAGCUGGCUCGUCGCUCGCAAACCGUCACGACGACGCGUGCAACCGGCCGCCGCCACCGCAGCCGCGCUCCUCGCCUGUGAUCGCCGCGCCGACGAGGCGCGCAAGCCCAGGCUCACUACCCAGCUCAGGCUCACCAUGACGGAAUCCAGGUGUCCCGCUAACGCCGACGAUGACGAGUCUGCCACCUCAAAAACUGUACUCGAGAGGAUACGGGAGACAUCCCCGAGGACGAACUCCGAGGAUGAAGUCAACGAAGGCGAUGUGGUUUAUCGCGCGACCAUCACUAAAGCAAACAAGGAACAUGUACACCACAUCACGGCACAUUUGCCUCCGCUGAAAGCGACGCUGCCGCCAAUACGAACGGAGCUACAAACGACGAUGGCAUCGGCCAACUGUCGGCCAACUUUAGCACCGAGGAAGAAAGCCUCAACGACGUCGGUGGCAGCGCAAACGACCGACGCGGUUCUGUACAGGCUGAGAGUGCUUCCGAGCCUGAAGGACAUCGCGGACGAGGACAGCCGAGCAGCCGAUUCCGAGCGAUUGUCGGCAAAGAUAUUUCCACUGCUUCGGUUUCUAGGACGCGUGGCGUUGUGUCAGUUCGGCCUCGCCUGGCUGCUGAGCUUGUGGGCGGUGCUGGGAGCGGGCGCCUUCUACGCGACCGAGGGGCCGCGCGAGCGCCAGCAGGUGGUCCAGCUGAAGGACAUGCAGCGCGAGCUGGCGAUCGGCCUGGCGACGGAGCUGCGCCAGCUGCAGAGCGCCGACAGGGAGAUGGAGCCGCUGUGGAGCAACAAGGUGCGCCAGUACGUGGCCGAGCACGAGCGGCUGCUGCUCGCGGCCGUGAGCUCGGGCUACGGCGAGGGCGGCGAGGGCGGCCGGCUGUGGACCUUCCCCGGCUGCCUGCUGUUCGCCGUGUCGGUGCUGACCACGCUAGGCUUCGGCGCCCCGGUGCCGCGGACCACGGCCGGGCGCGCGGUCGCGCUCGCGUUCGCGGCGGUCGGCAUCCCCGCGCACUUCCUGCUGGUGCUCAACCUGGGCCUGCUGCUCGCCGUCAGGCUCAAGCGCUGCGGCACGCGCCGGAGCUGCCGCCGCGACGAGGGGGGCGUCCCGGAGGGCGGCCUGGACUCCGCGCCGAUGCCGACGUGGGUCAAGCUCGCGCCCUUCGUGGCCAUCGGUGCCUACUACGUCCUGGGCAUCCUGUGCUUCGGCGUGGCGCGGCUGCGCCCCCUCUCCGACAGUCUGCUCUUCCCGCUGGACUUCACGGCGGCCGGCGGCCUGUCCACCGUCGCCGGCUACGUGCGCGUCCUCUACGGCCUGUACCUCGAGGGCGCAGUGACGAUCGCCGCGGUCGCCGUGGCCGUGCUCAAGGUGUCGGCCACGCAGAGCCUGACGAACGUUGGCUUGCGGUACGGCCUUCUCGUGCCCGCCUAACGGCCACCUGCUCCUGCCUUCGAGCUUUGCCGGUCAUCUCUCCUGCGGCACGCUGCUUUCUUCGACAGCGGUGCUCAUCGGCGCAACCUCUAUCGGAUCCAUUAGAUGCUGGACACGCCAAGUAACGUCGACAUUUUCAUUUACAUUCGAAAAAUGGCGAAUUGACAAUGUAGAAAUUACUCGGAAAAUGGUGAUAUUGUGCACGAGUCAUACAGAAAGUAUUACUAACUAAUAAUGUAUAGUUUUGUUACAACGUAGCUUUUAACGAUGGUGGAUGGUUCGGUGCGAGGCUCAUUUAAAACAAAAACAAAGAAAACUUAUUCAUAAUCCGUAUAAAUAAUAAACGAGCAUGUUGCCACAUGUAUAAAUAAUACGUUCCACAAGUUAUCCGACCAAGAGUGUACGUUUACUCGAUAACAUUCACUCGAUAUUCAUGUAAUAUGUAAACGAUGAGGAAAAGAUAAUAUCAACUACUUACUUAACAUAUAGAAUCUAAAUACUUUGACAUGAAGAAAAUUAGCAAUCAAAAAAUCGGCUAUAUCGAAUAACGAUAUAUUAUAUGUAACGAUAGUAUACACACACAUACGCCCGCGCACAUACGCAUACAUUGUAUUUCUAUUGAAAUUCAGUCAAAUGAAUAUUUAUAUACUUAAAGACGCUAACAAUGGACCUUAUUGGUUGCUUUUUAAAAAAGACGCCUUUUUCGUACAAUAAAAAAAGGUUUGGAAUAAUAUUAACCGCAAAAUGGUUUUUUAAUUUUUUAUUUUAUGAUAAUUUUGAUCCUUUCACAAAAAUAUAAUUGUGAUUUUAGAUAGUUAUUAGUUAUUUCAUUUCCCAUGUUACUUAAAAUAUAAAAUUAUAAAUGACGACAGUAUUGCUGACAUUGAAGUUAGAUCAUUCAUUUGAAAAAUUUUUUAAGAAAUCUGUGUUAAGAGUUACGUACUACACCGAGCUUUGUCAAUCAAAAUCUUAGUAUUCCAGUGUUUUUUUAUUUUGUUUCUUAAAAAAAGUUUAUUUUUCAAAUUAAAUUUCCCACUCCAAAAUUUCACUGCCAAAUAUUUCAAAUGUAACAUGUAUUCAAAUAAAUGACAAGGUUGUUGAUUAUUUGUCCUAACAGAUUUGAGGAUUUUUGUAUUUCAAAAGUAUAUUCACGUUAUAUAGAUACUUUGAAAAAAGUUUUAUCAGUUAAUGAACUACAAAUGAAAUCGUGUAGCAAAUAAUCUAAACAAAAAGCAGUUAUCUUGAAAGUUGACUAUUCGCUUUAGUUAUUUCAUUUAUCUAAAUGUUAUUUUUACAUUUUUCGAAAUUCCGUUUUUAUUUUCAAACGAAACUUGUCUGCAUUUUUUAUAAUUUUAUCUUCCAAGUGUUUAAAAGACGAGAAAAUGUAAUUUUAGAAAUACCAAUUUGUUUGGUCAGUUUCAUUAUAUAUUCAUUGUAAAACAGUUUCAUUAUAUUUGUACAAAGUAAUUUCUUUUAUUUUUUUUUUAUACAUAAAAUAUAUCAUGAUGUAUAAGAAUUCGUUCUUAAUUUCUGUAUAACUGUGAUUAUAAUUACUGGCAACUAAUAAGUAUGAGACAGUGAAGAACACAAAUUUAUUGAAACACGAGUGAGCGAAGACACGACAGGUCCGCCAGAAUCUACUUAUUAUAAUUAUAUAAUCCCCUUAUAAAAUGUGCAUUUAUAAAAAUGUGAUAGAUGACAUGUUGAAGUAUUUUAUUCGUUAUGUGAUUGGCUGAAAUAUGGCCACGUAAUAUACUGGCGGAUAAUUAGCGUGUGUUUAUGGUUUCAAGUUAAGAUUUUAGUAGUAAAAUUCAAGUUAUCAUAAUUGAUUUGGGUCAAUUUGAAGAUAAUAAAAGUAAAAAAAUAAACUAUAAUGUUAUUGUUUUACGACUCAUGUUAUGAAACUAGCAACAAGUUAAUUGUUUCGUAAUAAGAAGAGGUUAUGCUUUGGAAUUGUUCUGAAUAUUUUCUAUUACUAAUCGGUAAUCUGAAAUUUUGUUAUAUGGAAAUAAAUAUUAUAUUGUUACACUUUUUAUUCAGAGUAGAAUAAUCUUUUAAUAGUUAUGUGACCCAUACAGUUGUAAAAAACUAAAAGAUUAAUUAUUUAUAGCAGUUUUUUAUGUGAUAAAUUAUGAAUUUGGAAUACGCGCAACUGCUUUGCUAAUUCCGCUAUAAUUAUAGGGGUUUUUGUAAAAAAAUUGAAAAAUCUACGUUUGAAAAAAGUAAUUUAUGUUAAUUAAUAUGACAAGAAAUGAAAAAGAAGACAAGAACGCUCGAAGCACGUCUGACAUUACUAGUGAAAUAUUAAAUAAAAAAGAUAUUGCUUUGGAAAUAUAAAAACUACUAGGUUAAACUAUACAUGUUGAUUUAUUAAAAACAAUUUUUUAACAGAACAAUCAGCUACAAACGUAUGGAAAACGAAUAUUCACUAAGAAAACAAAACAUUCUACUA